GGGAGUAUAAAUUAGAGUUGGACUCUGCCUCCACCAAUUUCAAAUUCUUGAUUAGCCUCCAAAUAGUGUCACUCAAAGUUCGAAGAGCUGGAAGAAGUAGAAGAAAGACUCGUUUCACUGGUUCAAAAAUGUCCAAAUCUGAGAAUCCUUCAACAAAUCCAUGGCCAUAUAAUCACUCAUUCGUUGCUUCCAUCUUCAACAAUCUCCUUCAUUCUCUCAAAAGUUCUCACUUUUGCAGCUCUUUCACCCAAUGGCAGCCUCAAUUACGCCAAACGGGUACUUACCCAAAUCCCAAAUCCUAGUAUAUUUUCAUAUAAUUCUCUCAUUAGAGGUUUUCUUGAAUCCCAUAUCGCUUCUAACGAACCCCUUUUCAUAUUCAAGAAAUUGCUCAAGAGAAAUUACCCGAAAACGAAUAGUUUUACUUUGGCGUUUGUGUUGAAGUCGUGUUCUAUUUUGGCGGCGUUUGAUGAGGGGCAACAAGUGCAUAAACAUGUUGUUCAAUCUGGGUUUGGAUCGAGUCCCUUUGUUCAGACUUCGUUGUUGAAUGUAUAUGCGAAAUGUGAGGAAAUUGGGUUGGCGGAGAAGGUGUUUGAUGAAAUUCCUGACAGAAAUGUGGUUGCUUGGAGUGCAAUGAUUAGUGGGUAUUCAAAACUUGGGAUGGUUAAUGAGUCUUUUAGUUUGUUUAGGGAAAUGCAGAAGACAGGUGUUUUGCCUGAUAAGGUUACAAUGGUGAGUGUGAUUUCGGCAUGUGCUAUGUCUGGGGCGUUAGAUUUGGGGAGGUGGGUGCACGCGUAUAUCGACAAGCAAUCGAUUGAGAAUGAUCUUGAGCUUAGUACUGCGCUUGUUAAUAUGUAUGCAAAGUGUGGAUACAUUGAAAAGGCAAUUGAAGUAUUCGAAGCAAUGCCUUUUAAAGAUGCAAAGGCUUGGAGCUCAAUGAUAGUUGGCUUGGCAGUAAAUGGGCUCGCGGAAUAUGCACUGGUGACCUUUUCCAGGAUGAAGAAAGCUAAGGUAGAACCUAACCAUGUGACACUAGUUGGGGUUCUUAUGGCAUGUGCUCAUAGUGGACUAGUUUCUGAAGGGAAAAGGUAUUGGACACGCAUGAUUGAGUCUGGGAUUGAGCCAUCUUUAGAGCACUAUGGCUGCAUGGUAGAUUUGUUGAGCCGCUCAAACUUAAUUGAUGAAGCUUAUUCAUUCGUUGAAUCUAUGCCACUUGCCCCAUGUCCUGCAAUAUUGCGUACAUUACUUGUUGGGUGCAAAAAGAACAAAAUCUUGGGCAAAGGUGAAAUUCUAGGUCAGCAUCUCAUUGAAUUAGAACCGUGGAAUGCAGAGAACUAUAUCCUACUCUCUAGUCUGUAUGCAUCAGUAUCAGACUGGGAGAAAAUGCGGUACGUGAGGAAACAGAUGAAAGACAAAGGUAUUAAGGCUAUGCCAGGAUGCAGUUCCAUUGAAGUUGAUGGUGUUGUGCACAAGUUUGUGAUGGGUGAUUGGUCACACCCUGAAGCAGAGGAGAUCAAAGAGUUCCUAAGGGAUAUAUCUCAAAGGGUAUACUCUGCAGGACAUGAACCUUGGAUUGCUCCUAUUCUGCAUAAUGUGAGUGAUGAAGAGAAGGAGAUUGCACUUUGUGAGCACAGUGAAAGGUUAGCUAUUGCUUUUGGCCUUUUGAAGACAAAAGCACCUACAGUGAUUAGGAUAGUGAAGAACCUUAGGGUUUGUAGGGAUUGCCAUGAAGUGACGAAGAUAAUUAGUAGAAUAUAUAACAGAGAGAUAAUUGUUAGGGACAGAGUUAGGUUUCACAGAUUUGUAAACGGAGCUUGUUCUUGCAGAGAUUUUUGGUAAAUAGCAUUCCAUUGAUAAUAUAAUGCAAAGACCCUACUUCAGGAAUUGUCUCUUUUUUCCUUUGGUUUUGGACAGGGGAAGGAGGGGUUGAGACUUGUAAUAAGAGAGUAAAGCCAGAGAGCUAUGUUGUCGGACUCUUCAAAAUUGUCGAGUGGUGCAUGUUGGAUCCUCCCAAAGUAGUGCAUUUUUGGAGGAUCAGAUACAAUUGCUUUUUGGAGAGUCCAAACAACGAAGCCAGAGAGAUCUUAAAAGACAUAGUAAGGGCUGAAUUUAUUAGAUAAAGGCUAGAUGGAAGAGGGCAAAUGUGGGAAUGAUAUUAGAUGCUACAAUCCAGAUAGCUUUACUAUAGAGAAAGAACUAAUUUUCCCUGAGGAGACCUAAUCAGCCUCAUUUUCCGACUCACAUUUCUCUUGCACAAUACAAAAGCUUUUAUCCAAUAUUUGGUCUAACCAAUGAUUAGGUUCAUUUGAGUUUGAAAUAUUACUAUAUGAUUAUUCUGUUAAAUGUCAUUUGUAUAUCUCCUCUUUUGGAACUGGUAUAUAGUCAUGGUCAGCAAUCCAGAUUCGUUGCCGAGGUUAAAGUCAGUGUCUGCGCCAUCAACUGAGCAUUUCAGCAGGCACUGGGAAGUGUAAACACCAAAGCAACCACAUCCCCUGACCUUAAAUGAGAUUGUUGCUUGUUGGAAGACGGGAUUUCGCUCAGAAAAGUCCCCACUUCUGAGGUAUUAUCUCUAUCCAUGUUCUUUGUUUCGAAGAACUAUUCAGGUGAACUUCAUAUUGAUCAACUGCUUGAACAUUA